AUGCAGAGAAUGUUUCACUUCCACUGCAAAGACAAGGUCGUUGCUAGCGACAUAAGAGCUAAGACAAUGUCGAAUGAGUCUGAACCAAAACCAUUUAUAGCUUCAUUGUCUCAGCUUCUUGUACUUGAGCAGGCAUUGGAAAACGAUCAAAGAGAUGAUGAAAAGCAAAGUAGAAUGGUUAAGCAGCGCCUGAAAAUUUUAUCAAGUUUUCUAGAGAAGAAGAAAGAGUGGAAUAGUUUCAUUACAGCCAAAUGGAGGGCUAGUAGGAAGAAGGUUAGUUUGUGGGGAUUAGUUAAGAUUCCCUCCAAAUUUAUGAUCAUUGGUCUCAAGAUGAAGAUGAUAAGGUCUCUUGUGAAAAAAAAACCCACCUACUUAAGCUAUAAUAAAGACAAACUUCUCUUACAACUACUUCAAUAA